AUGAGUGUCUUACAACCGGCGAAAUGCCUGUUCUGCAGCUUUACGCCCACCAUCAGAGCUGCCGCUCGCGUGCCAGUGGUCCGACGACAAUUUCAUGCAGCAGCUGCCCUGUAUGCUCGAAAGUCAUCUUUGGCCAAGCCAAAGCCUGCCGAAGCGCCUCAAAUGAUGACAGUGAAUGAAAUCGAGAACAGCGUGAAGCCAGACGACUUCAAGCCUUACACGGAAAAGGAGCUCGAACACCUCUCCCAGGAAUACUCGGAGGACCAACUCGCUGCUAUCCUCGCAGCCGAGAAAGCCAUUGACCCCAAAGACCUCGCCGAACAAUUCGCCAUUCGAAAGGAUCCCUUCAAACUGCAUUAUCUCGAUGACUUCUCCACCAUCGAGCCCGUUGUCGACAAGCAUAUUCGCGCCCCGGAGUCGAAUUCUGAUUGGCAUGCCACUCUCAAAUCCGAAGAUGAUUUCGUAGAGGACUAUGCCAAAUUCUUCGACGAGAUGCCCGAAAAACCUACAGCUGCAGACUGGGUGCGAUUCACGGAGAAUAUGCGCUUGACAAAAGGGAAAGAGGAGAAUGAGCGGAGCCCCAGCAGCGCGCUUGUGCCGGAUAUCUUCGAGGAAGGAGAGACUCUUACGAGGGGGGCUGCAAAGGAUGCAGAAGCCACAUCGGGGAAGAAAAAGGGUGAUGGGAAUAAAGCAAACGAGGAGAUUACGGAUGCUUUGAGGAGAUUGAUGCAGUCUACUGGAUAUUCUCUGGACAAGAUUAGAAGUCUCAAGGUUAAGACUCUGGUUUCGCACGCAGUCGUCAAUCAGACUCGUCUUGGUAAAGUGCGUCGACAGUACUGUCUUUCGGUGGCUGGCAAUGGUGAUGGACUGUUGGGUAUUGGCGAAGCCAAAUCCGAAGAAGCGAGUGACGCGAUGACGCAGUCGAGAUACCGAGCCAUUCGAAACAUGCAACCCAUCCUUCGCUACGAGAACCGAACUAUCUUUGGUGAUGUCAAAGGCAAGGUUGGAGCUGUUGAGUUGAAGCUCAUGAAUCGUCCUCCAGGAUUCGGUCUCCGCUGCCAACAUCUCAUCUACGAAAUGGCUCSUGCAGCUGGKAUCCAUGACCUAGCUGCUCGUGUCGAACGAUCUCGCAACCCAAUGAACACUGUCAAAGCAACCUAUGAGGCGUUGACAACGCAGAAAGACCCCGAAGAGAUUGCGCGUGCUCGUGGAAGGAAGCUUGUCGAUGUGCGAAAGGUGUAUUAUGCUGGAAGAGUUUAA